GACACAGACCCCACCAUUACUACAAUAAAAACUUAUAUUCUGAAAGUGUUUUAAAUAUUUAUGAUUCAUUUUUUAAAACCGUUUACCAAUAUUUGCUGUCUAUCAUGAUACACAGAGAUGCCUUUUCAAAGAUGGAUAAAGACACCAGAAGGAAGGCAACCAUUGGGAUUUUUGGAAGGACAGGAGAAGGGAAAAGCUCUUUAUUGAACGCAGUACUGGGACAGUUUUUACUGCCAUCUGGUGGUUUUGGUGCUUGUACAGCUGUUAUAACACAGGUGGAGGCAAAUCUGAAUGACUCUAACUACAUAGCAGAGAUUGAACUCAUUUCUAAAGAGGAAUGGGAAAGUGAGAUUGCUUCACCAGGUAAAGGUGAGGAUAACCAAUUAACAGAAAUGAUUAAAGAAAGGAUCAUUGCCCUGUAUGGAGCUGAUGCUGAGAAUAAAACAUUAGAGGAGCUGAAGAGAGAUGACAAAUAUACUGAAAUUUACAAUGUUUUGUCGGAUGGAAAGAAGAAAAUAUCAAGCAGUGAUCCCUCAGAGUUUGUCAGCUCUGUCGGUCGUUACUUGGAACAUAAUUUAGCAAAUCCUGGUGGCUGGUACUGGCCGCUUGUGAAGUGUGUGACGAUCAAAAUCCCAAACUGUCGUGAACUCUUGGAGCACAUUGUCCUUGUUGAUCUGCCUGGUACUGGAGACUGUGACAAGAUCAGAGAUGACCUCUGGAAAACUAAAAUAAGAGAGUGCUCCUCUGUGUGGAUUGUAAGUGACAUCAAGCGAGCAGUUACAGACAGAGACCCCUGGGAGAUAUUACAACACUGUAUUGAAGACUUGGGACCUGGAGGAGAAUGCAAAUACAUAAACUUCAUCUGUACUAAAACUGAUGACAUGAAACCAGCAGAACACCUCAGAUCUACAAAGCUUACUGAGGCCCAGACUCCAGGACAUAGUUUGGAUGUGAAAACAAAGUGCAUAGUUGAUCGAAACAACCUGGCAAAGAGAACAAUAAAACAAAAGUUAUACAGUUCUAAAAGUGAGGAAUCAAAGGAAAGAUUCAUCACUGAUGUUUUCACUGUAAGCUCCACAGCAUAUUUUGAUGAAAAUUCACACCUGGAACCUUCUGAAACAGAGAUACCUAAACUGAGGGAUAUCCUCAUAAACCUUAACAAGAGCAUCAACCAAAAACUGACCAGAGAUUAUAUCAAUGAAGCAAAAGGAGUUUUGUCCUUGAUCCAAAGUGUCCAACUGGAUAAAGAGAAAAACAUGAAAAAAGUCAUUGAGGACCUGCAGACAAACAUAGUGAAGGAACUGAAGCUGCUGGAUGGUCAUUUUGAAGAUCUUUAUGAGACUCUGAAGCGAUGUCUCUCAAAGGGUGUAGAAGAAUCAGUGAGAUCGUGUGUUAAUACCACACAGGACAUGUUAUCAUCUGUUCGGCCAAAGGGUAACAGAGGAUUCCACAAAAUCUUUCGAGCCAUGUGUGGGAGAGGAGGAUUCUACUGGCCAAGAAAAUGGAAUGAACCUUUAGAUUUAAACAAGUGUUUGACCAAACACAUGUACGACAACAUUAAUGAGGAGUUUGUGUUGAUGUUUCCUGUUAAUGAUAAUGACAAGAGAACAGAGAAAUCAAUACAAGACAAGCUUGACAAGUUCAGCAUCAUCCAGUGUUUCUUCUCAACAACACCUAUGCCACAUCCUAUUCACAUCUUCAUCCAAACACAGGAAACCAAACUGAAGGCAUCACUCAGCAGAGUCAUCGUAGAGAAGAAGAAGGAAAUCUACUCAUCAAUCUAUACAACCAUUCAGAAGAACAUGGCUCCUGGCUACAAGAGAGCUGCAGAGGAGACAGGAGAUGGAGCCAUGCAGAGGAUGGAAAAUGCAACAAUAGAAACAAUUGAACAGUUAAAACAUCAAAUGUUCAAUGAGGCAAAAGUGAAAGCACUUGACGCAUUCAAUGAAUUGAAGUUGCAUAUAAUGAAAACUCUUGAAUCAGAACUGAAGAGAUCAGUGAAGCGCUCGCUUUCACAUACCAGUAAAACCACUCUGUUGGAUGUGUCCAGAGAGAUUCAAGAGCUGGAGGCACUAUCACAGCAGCUGCACACUUAAAGAGUACAUUCCUCGAGAUCAUAAAAAAUACAUUUCAUGAAGUGUUUAAUUUUGCCGUGUUUGAAUGUAAGCAAUCUGCCAAGUUGUAAAUCCGAAGGUGAACGAAUAACAAAGUUAUUAGCUUAUAAAAAAGGUAAUCGACUCUGAAUCACGCGAACAAGCCAUGACCUGUCCGAAUCUUUAACCACAAUGUACCUACGUCACUAGAAAAAUCCCCGCCUACUGACUGCGAAAACUUAACUCUCUCCUCCCCAAACACUGUACUAGCUCGUUCGUGACGUGUGCAUCAUGUCUAAGAGAAGCUGUGUUCUAUGUAGUGAAACUAAGUCAGUCUUAUUUUCACUACCAAAGGAAGAACUUCUGAGGAAAAAAUGGUUACUAUUUAUUUUUCAAACGACACCAAAGCAGUAUAAACCGAACGUUUUACUUUGCGCGCGUCAUUUUACCGAAGAUUGCUUCAUCAAUCUUGGCGCCUUUACUGCAGGAUACAUUAAACGUCUUUCCUUAAAAGAUGUUGCAAUACCAACUUUAUUUGGACCUGUAAGCUCCACCGAAUCACAACCUGUAAGUGUGACUCUUUAUUUUUGUCUUUACUUAAAAUUAAAUUUGUGUGACGUUAUCUCAUGUCUGUGUUUAGCUAACGUUACCGUUAU